CCAAACCAAGAGUUAUCUCGCGCCAUCCGUCAUCAGUUUAGGCUGAACCGUCUUACCACGCGGACAUACCGAGUUCAAGUCCCGGCGCGCUUCGGUCCAAGGGGUUUCUCAUGGGAAAGUAGCAGUUGGUGUUUGAGUUUUGCGGUGGCAGCUAAGCUUUGGUGGGUGGUAAAACUGUGAACUAAUUGUCUGUCAUACGAUGCAGCUUGGGCCAGAAAUGGAAGCAACAGUAGCAGAGCAACGGCAGUGAUUUGAUUAUCGCCCGGAUCCUAACCAGCAGUGUAAACAGACGGGAAGGAAAUAUGACCGGUGUGUGAAAUGUUCCCAAGUGAGCUGUGGUGGCGUGCUAACCACACCGAUCGAGAGGUGGGCAUGUUUCAGAGGUGAUGGCAAAAAAAUAUAAUCAAAAAAAAAAAGUUCGGAGGUAAACAGUGCUAUUUACCGAAAUCUGUUUGGUGUAAAAAGGCAAAUUUGCCUGUCCGCGGAUGGUGAAGUUAAUUUUGGAGCAGAACUACACUAAUUCAUGGGAUAUUAAAAAAAUACAGGUUUCCCGUCAGCUGAACUUCGAGACGAGGCUAGUCAAUUAGUGCCCAUCGUUAUCAAUUUAGCAAAACGUCACCAAGUGACACUGCUGCUGAAGAAGGACUAACCAUCAUCAGUGACGAGCGUUUUCCUGGUUCAAUAAAAUGACGGACUGGCAUUUCAGUGAAUCAAAAGUGCUUCCGAAGACGAAAGUUCAAAAAGGUCCUUGAGGAAAACGGAGAAGAAAACUGGCCCGCGGGUGAUAAUGAGGUGUGAAAUUGAAAUCUUAUUCCGUCUGUUUGAAAAGUUUCAGUCUGAAAUAACGUGAGCAAAUUUCGAUAACGAGGUGAUGCAAAAGAUAGGAAAAGACAAAAAAGUCGUCAGCUGCAAAAAAAGUGAAAAAAGUUUUCGUGGGAAAAAGGUGCGCUAAAAACGUGUUGAGAAAAAGUACAAAAUUGAAGGGCUGAAAAGCCCGUUUCGUCGUUUCGUGGGGUUGUUCGAAAACCCAACAUUUGGAAAAAUAAUGAGGUCAUGUAACAGCAGUCGGAGAAAUCGAGCCCAAGGGAAGGUAUUUUGGGGUGCGUUGGUCCUUUUGGUGACCGGCGGUGGUGUUGAGUUUUGGAUAUCCAAAAAACGGUCCAGCUUUGCCAGGGCUACUUCCCAGGGCAAUGAAUCGAGCAGUAUCGUGACGGCAGUUGAUAUGGUUUCUCCAAUGGCCGUGCCGGAUUUCACUCCGGCCCACGGGGUCAAUCACACCCUUCUGCUUGGAGGAAAUGGGAGUUGGACAGAUCCAGCGGCAACAAAGCGGCCGCACUGCAGGUGCUGGAAUUCAACAGAGUUUCUAGAGGAGAUCCAGUGUCGCUGCGAGGGGCACACCCUGCUUAGGGUGCCCCAGAAGUUAACAUCGAUGCAGAAGCUUACCCUGGAGAAAGUGGGCAUCAAGACGCUCCGGGAGAAUGCGCUGACGGUGUAUGCAAUGGAUUUGCAGGAUAUCUUCUUCAUCUAUCUCAAAGAUUUCUACAAAAUUGAAGGACGAGCCUUCGCCAAGUUGAGACAGCUCCGGACGUUGUACAUCGCCCACGCACCCCGGCUGCAGUAUCUGGAAUCGAACGUGUUUGAGGGAAUUUCGAGCAAACUCAGGACAUUGCGCAUAAUCAACUGUGGACUGCUGGCGGUACCGGAUAUGCGUAUGCUCUCGGAGCACAUCAUCCUGCACAUGGUAGAUUUAGAUGGCAAUCAGAUAAGAGAAAUCGCGGAUAAGGCGCUUCAAAUUAAGACUGAUGAAUUAAUACUAGACAACAACGCUCUCACCUUUAUCCAUGGUUUCGCAUUUUCCGGCUCAGAAGUAGCAAAGCUCAGCCUGAAGUUUAAUCACCAGCUGCAGCACAUCCAUCGGUUGGCUUUCCUGGGAAUAAAAAAUAUCCGAGAGCUGGAUUUGUCGGGAACUUCUAUCGAAGCCAUGCCAACCGAAGGUCUAAGUGACCUGGAAGAACUGCGCAUUCAGAACACGCACACGCUCAAGACGAUUCCAUCGGUGUACAAUUUUAAGAAUUUGCAAACCGCUUACCUGACGCACUCGUUUCACUGCUGUGCGUUCCGGUUCCCGGCGCGGCACGAUCCGGACGGGCACGAGCAGAAUAUGCGACGUUUCAAGGAAAAUCAGAAAAAGUGCAUCGCCAAAGGUUACGCGACGCCCAACGUCAAGCUGGAAGAGCUGCAGCUGCAGGAGUUGGGCCAGCACGGCAGUCAGCGGGAAAAUUCACAGCGUGAAAAGCGUCACGCACCGUCGGGAGAUGCUCAUGGUUUCGGAUGGUUGCCCAUUCUGUCCAGAAACAAUCUAAAACUCAAAUCUGACCACUUUGUCAAGGAUGGAUCCUCACUGGCAGAUGCCAUCCGAAGUGGCCACGAAACAAUGGGGGACAGUUUUUUGCAGCCAAUUACCGGUCUACCGCUGGAAGAUAUCCUACGGGAGGACGUAUCGGAUUUGUACACGGAAAACCCCCUGCCAGGAACGUUCCACGGUGAGGUACUUCAUCCGGUCGAAUCGCUGGAAGCUCUCUGCGGUAAUCUUACCCCUGCGACGUUCGACGUGAAAUGCUACCCCAUGCCCGAUGCUUUGAACCCGUGUGAAGAUGUCAUGGGAUCCCACUGGCUGCGUGGUUCCGUUUGGGUCGUUGUCCUGUUGGCAGUUUUCGGAAAUGUUGCCGUCCUGGUCGUGUUGUUUUCUAAUCGCACCGACAUGAGCGUGCCCAAGUUUUUGAUAUGUCAUCUGGCCUUUGCCGAUCUUUGCAUGGGACUGUAUCUGCUGCUGAUUGCGUCUAUCGAUGCGCACUCGAUGGGGGAGUACUUUAACUUUGCCUUUGAUUGGCAGUAUGGUUCCGGCUGCAAGGUGGCCGGCUUCCUCACCGUUUUCGCCAGCCACCUGUCGAUCUUUACGCUGACAAUCGUAACGCUGGAGCGCUGGUUCGCCAUUACGCACGCCAUCUACCUGAACAAACGCAUAAAGCUGUCGGCCGCUACGUACAUCAUGAUUGCUGGGUGGAUCUACUCGAUUGUGAUGGCAGCACUGCCGCUGGUGGGAAUCAGUAACUAUUCAUCGACGAGUAUCUGCCUGCCGAUGGAGGCUCGCGACAGCUGGGACAUUUCAUACCUGUUGACGGUUUUGGGGAUUAACGGGUUGGCGUUUGUCAUCAUUGUGAUUUGCUACGCCCAGAUUUAUCUUUCGCUGGGAAAAGAAACUCGUCAGGCUGCUAGAACCGCAAGUAGUGGUGAGAUGACCGUGGCCAAGAAGAUGGCACUGCUGGUGUUUACAAACUUUGCCUGUUGGGCUCCGAUUGCGUUUUUUGGACUGACUGCCAUCGCUGGAUACCCGCUGAUCGAUGUUACCAAAUCCAAGAUUUUGCUGGUGUUUUUCUAUCCACUCAACUCUUGCGCUAAUCCUUAUCUGUAUGCCAUCCUGACGAUGCAGUACCGGAAGGACCUCUUUAUGCUGCUUUCCAAUUAUGGCAUCUGCACCCAGCGAGCACAACAGUACAAAAUGACCUACUCGAUGCCAACGAACACGAUUCAGAUUGCACCGGCGAGGGGUUCAAUCACGACAACCACGGCCAAUUCCACCACCAACGGAACCAGCUGCACGACCGUGACCAACAACAACUCAAUGGUAGUCAACAUGAACGAUGGAGGCGGCGCAAAUGCCGAGACCACCGCCACCCACAAUAACAACAACAGCAACGGCCAUACCAUAAUCGCGGAAGAGGAGGAGAGUGAAACUUUUCUCUGAGCUUUGGCACCGGAAAAGCUCCCAUGAACAACUUCAUGGUGCCAUAAUGAACAAAAAAAAGCUUUCCACGAGUGAAUCUCAACGGGUUGCGAGCUACUCGCGACCGGACUCGACCCAACUCAUGUUCAUUCCCAUUCUAAAUGUGAUACUGGAACCUCGGUGUAGAAAUUUGUCAGUGUGUGGACCCACUAACACGCACGCUAAUCGUAUUGAUCACGUAUUUUUCUACUAAGCUGGACAAAAAUCCCUUUCGAAAAGUGACAAUGAAGAUUGGCCGCAUCUGCAUGUCCAGGGCGGGCAGGAUACCGUGUGGUCGGCAACGGUCGACGGAAACCAAGAGAUAGGAUUACAAAUAUAGACAAGUUUUAUGUGCUUGAACAGAGCAGAGGAAAGUAA